AGCUCACGGCAGCCCCACUCCCUGCCAGCCUCUGACUCACGCUCCCCAUUACCGAAUUUUUUCCGCCUCACAGCUGCCUGGUGCAGAGAGAGUGGGGGGCGGGGGGAGCAAGUGUGUGUAUGUGUGUGUGUGUGUGUGUGUGUGUGUGUGUGUGUGUGGUGGCCCCCUCCCUCAGCCAAGACUGGACCCCUAGUCCUUCGGCCCGCCCCCACCCCCACCCCCAGCUCCCUGGAGUUCAACCACAGCUCCCACAGACAGGGGAUCAAAGAGUUUGCUUUGAACCCCAUCAGGGGGGACAGACAGGGGUUUCUGUCUCCUUUUCCAAUCAGGAAGUCCUUCCUGGUGUCUGGCUGCAAGCCUUCUUGCUGCUGAACCAUGAGCCCCAGAUGUACCGGGUCCCCAAGCCCAGCUGCUAGUUUGAAUCCACGCCCAGUCCGCUCCCUCCUGGUCUCCCCGUGUUCCCUGCUGGACAAGAGAGGAGCAGAUGGGUGGGUGCUGGUGCGUGCCCCCUCCCCCCCCCGUCACGUCCCUUUCCUGAGCAUCUCUAAGCACAGCGGGGUGCCUGGCCUGGAGUCUCUGGCUCCCAGUGGGAGUUUGCAGUAGGACACCCUCGCUCCCCACCGCCACCGCCACCCUCCUCCUCGCCAGGCCUCAGCUGCCGGCCAGCCCCCUCCCUCCCCCCACUCCUGUCCCCUGCUGCCGCUGCAGCCUCCGCAGGCAGCCUCUCUUCCUUCUGGCAAAGCGUCCAGCCCCUGCCUGCUCCUCCCCGGUCCAGGGCGCCUCUGGCAGGCGCUCCCCUCGCUCCCGCCCUCCCUCCCUCCUUCCCUCCCUCCGGUGGCCGCAGCCUCCUCCCCUCUCCAGCUUGCAUCCCCUUUCACCCUGUCCCUGCCUUGGAGUCUGCAAACAUGAGGGUCUUGGCCUGCCUUAUCGCAGCUCUGAUGGGGAUCCAGGCUGUUGAGAGGCUGCGUCUGGCCGACGGCCCCCACGGCUGUGCCGGCCGCCUGGAGGUGUGGCACGGCGGGCGCUGGGGGACCGUGUGCGACGAUGGCUGGGACCUGCGGGACGCCGCCGUGGCCUGCCGCGAGCUGGGCUGCGGGGGCGCGCUGGCCGCCCCCGGAGGCGCCUUCUUUGGGGAGGGCGCGGGGCCCGUGUGGCUGAGCGAGCUGGCCUGCCGGGGCAGUGAGGGCCAGCUGGGGCUCUGCCCCCAUCGCGGCUGGAAGGCCCACAUUUGCUCCCAUGAGGAGGACGCGGGCGUAGUCUGCGCAGGUCAGCGUGUGGCCAACUCCAGGGACGGGGACGAUCCACCUUCGAUCCUGGAGGGGGACCCCUGGCCGGGGCUGUCUGGGGAGCUGAGCCCUGGCUCGGAGGAGCCUCCAGGGACACACGCACCCCGCCCGGCCGGGACCCCACAGAACAGCUCCAGGAAGAAGGGUCCCCGGCCACCCAAGCAGGCCAAAUCCACCAGGGCCCCUCAGCUGACGGCCGGAGCCCCCCGACACGAGCGGCUGCGCCUUGUCUCGGGCCCCCACGGGUGCUCCGGUCGGCUGGAGGUGUGGCACGGCGGGCGCUGGGGGACCGUGUGCGACGACGGCUGGGACCUGCGGGACGCCACCGUGGCCUGCCGCGAGCUGGGCUGCGGGGGCGCGCUGGCCGCCCCCGGAGGCGCCAGAUUCGGCCCGGGCUCAGGGCCCGUGUGGAUGGAUGACGUGGGGUGUGGAGGCGGAGAGCAGGCUCUGCGGGACUGUCCCCGAAGCCCCUGGGGUCGGAGCAACUGUGACCACAGCGAGGAUGCGGGGUUGGUCUGCACGGGCCCAGCCCCCCGGCUGCGUCUGGCCGAUGGCCCCCACGGCUGUGCCGGCCGCCUGGAGGUGUGGCACGGUGGGCGCUGGGGGACCGUGUGUGACGACGCCUGGGACCUGCGGGACGCCUCCGUGGCCUGCCGCGAGCUGGGCUGUGGUGGCGCACUGGCCGCCCCCGGAGGCGCCUUCUUUGGGGAGGGGGCUGGCCCCAUCCUCCUGGAUGACCUUCGGUGUCGGGGUAACGAGACAGCCUUGCGAUUGUGCCCAGCACGGCCCUGGGGCCAGCACGACUGUCACCACCGGGAGGACGCCGGGGCCGUGUGUGACGGGAUGCCUCUUGGAUAUGUCCCUCCCACGGCCCCGGCGGCGGCGGACGGCAACCACUCUGCAUCCCGCGACGUGGCGUCCGGGCCCCCUCCCCCCACGGCGAGCCAGGCCUCGCGGACCGCAGGCGCCUCCCCUCCGCCUGCCUCCCCCACUGCCCUGCGGGAGCCUGGACCCGAAGCCGGCUCCCCCCAACUGCGCCUGGUGGCAGGGCCCAGCAGGUGUUCGGGCCGGCUGGAGGUGUGGCACGCAGGGCGCUGGGGGACGGUGUGUGACGACAGCUGGGACCUACGGGACGCUGCGGUGGUCUGCCGCGAGCUGGGCUGUGGCGGAGCUCGGCAGCCGGACCCUGCCGCUGGCCGCUUUGGCUGGGGGGCCGGCCCCAUCUGGCUGGACGACGUGGGGUGCUUGGGGACCGAGGCUUCGCUCUCUGACUGCCCCGCUGCGCCCUGGGGGAAGCACAACUGUGCUCACAAUGAAGAUGUUGGAGUCACCUGCACUGAGACCCCUGGCCUGGACUCUAUCUCAGACCCCUUCAGUUGGAGCUGGAUCCCUGGCCUGGGUAGAGAUCCGGACGCCUGGCUCCCCGGGGAGCUGGCCACCAAGCCCUCUGCGAGGCUGACCCCCAGCGUUCCUGAGAAAACCACCACCAAGGCCCCAGGGAAAAUGCCCAAGAGUACUAAGAAGUGGGUGACCAAAAAUGCAAAGCGACCGACCACUCAGCCCCCCGUGAUGCCAACCACUAAACAUUCCAGGGUCCUGGGCACCCAGAGGCCCCUUGAACUGACCUCACGGACCACCACAACCCUGACCACUGAGGCCUCCCACAGACCAGUUUCAGAGUCUACUGCAAAGCUGACCACUGGGGUCCCCCACGGGAUGACCUCACAUACCACUGCAACACGGACUCCCCGGGCCCCCCGAGAACGGACCUCUAAGGCCAUGGCAACGUCAACCACUCAAGGCCCCCGAGAGGUGACCUCUGAGGCCACCGCAACGCGAAUCCCUCUGACCCCCAAGGAGUCAUCAGCUGAGAUCCCAGCACAGGGUUCUCCAGAGUCACCCAGAGACCCAGCCCCCUCCCCCACUGGGAGCACCACUCGGGGAUCAGGCCCGUUCCGCGUGCGUCUGGCUGAUGGGCCCAACCGGUGUGCUGGCCGGCUGGAAGUGUGGCAUGCUGGGCGCUGGGGGACAGUGUGCGAUGACAGCUGGGACCUGCGGGACAGUACCGUGGCCUGCUGGGAGCUGGGCUGUGGAAGGGUCCGGGCCCGAGUGGGCAAAACCCACUACGGCCCCGGGACGGGCCCCAUCUGGCUGGAUGACGUGGGCUGCAAGGGAAUCGAGGCCUCGCUGAGUGACUGCCCUGCUGGGGCAUGGGGCCAGCACAACUGUGACCACGAGGAAGACGUGGGGCUCACCUGCACUGGCUACGCCGAUGAGGAUGAUUAUCCCCCCUGGACCUGGGAUCCCACCUCGGGAGAGGACCUGGCCAAGGGGACCACCGCCGCAGGGGUGCCUGGACACAUGCUCUCCUGGGGCACCACCAAAAGCCCAGGGGGACCCUCCCCAGCAACAAGGCGUCUUCCACACACAGGUGACAAGGAUGGUUAUGAGUCUUUUCGGACAUGGGAUACACCUUCAGGAGGGGCUCUGCCCAAGGGGACACCCACCACUCUUACCACUGGCACCACCCGGGACCCAGACCAUCCCUCUCCAGCUCCAAGGAUCCGUGGAGACACAGGUUCCGAGAGAAAACUGUGGCCCCAGCGUAGGCUGCUGCGCCCCACAUCGUCCCGGACGGUGCCCCCUGCCCCUUCCCCAGAUCCCUCCGCUUCGUCAGAGCCCCCGGGCUCACCGGUGACCUCCGUGACCUCCAACCCUGCGCCAUGGUUCAUUCCUGAGGCAGCUUCAACGCGGAAGGUGACCUCUGACCCUCCUGACACUUUGCCACCCAGCCCGGACCUGGCCUCCUGGACGAGCUCUGACCUCACCUUGACAACCCCUGGCCUCACUUUGUCUACCCCUGACGCCACUGUGAUUGCAGCAUCGCGGUCUGAUCUCUCACCUACCCCACCACCCACCUUGCCCAAAGAGCUGACCUCUGACCCCUCUGCACCAGAGGUGGUGACCCACCUUUUUUCUACCUCAGAGUUGACUACAGAAUCUGUCACAAUCCCAAACGUGGACACAGCUCCAUACCCCAACUCAGUUCCAGAUCAUUCCAGAUCCCCAGACCCCUCCAAGAGCCCCUACCCCACUACCACCCCUCACUCUGCCUUGACCUCUCACCCCUCUACUUCCACUACCUCUCAACCCACUACCACCUUUCCCCCAACUACAACACCUCAGUCCACCGCCACGCCUCACUCCACCACAACCCCUCACCCUACCACCACCCCUCAACCUGUUACACCCCCUCAACCCACCACACCCUCUCAACCCACCACACCCCCCCAACCCACCACACCCCUUUACCUUACCACAACCCCUCACCCCACCACAACCCUUCACCCUACCACAACCCCAUACCCCACCACGACUCCUCAGUCCACCACACCCCCUCAUUCUACCACUGCUCAACCCCCUACAACCCCCCACCCUAUCACAACCAGUUACCCUGCCACGACCCCUGACUCCACCAUGACCCCUCAUUCUACCACCUCUACUCAUCCCACCAUGACUGCUGACCCUACCUCAACCCCUGUGGUUACUGUCAAAUCUAUUCUAACUUCCUUGGGAACAGAGUUCUCUCCCACUCCAGCGCCAGCAGUCAAGCCCAGCCUGCACCCCUGGUUGACCUCCACGGGAGUCGCUCAUCUCUCUCAGAUGUCCAGCCUAGCGCCUUUUCCAGCCUCAGAGUCCAGCCACCCCAGGUCUUCUCCAGGCCCAAGCAUGGACACACUGUCCACUGAGGAUUUCCAACCACCAAGAAGCCAGAGCCCCAAACCAACUCCACCACCCACCCAGACCCCACACUCAGACUCUGACCCCACAGGGACCUCUGACCUCCAUCUGUCUUCCAUGGUCCACCCCUUGGAUCAACCUCCUCCUGACCAUUUCACCCUAAGACCAACCCCUGGGCAGGACCCAGAUCCCGUUGGCCCAUGUGUGACUCCAGCACCACCUGUAAAGGUCAUGGCCUGUGAGCCGCCUGCCCUGGUAGAGCUAGUGGCUGCUGUGAGGGAUGUGAGUGGCCAGCUGCAGAGGCUGACCCAGGUCUUGAAGCAGGACCAGCAGCAGCGCCAAGCUCUGGAACUGGGGCUGACUCAGCUGGUGGAGGCCACCCGGGGUCUGGGGCAGCUGGGUGAGGUUGUAAAGAGACUGGCCGAGAGAGCCUGGCCCCCCAGCACACCUGCACCAACCACCACCACCCCAGAGGAGGAAGAAAGGCCUCUGAGGGGAGAUGUGUGACCCUAUAUGGGAUUUGAGGGGCUUAAAAUGCUCCCAAUCAAAAAAUGAAAACCAAAGUAUCUAAUUAAAAACAAGAUAUCAAUGACAUUUGUGGGGACCUAGGGGAACCCCAGGGAGAUGGAAUCACAACAGUGACCUUGAUUUAUGAAUGA